AUGUAUGACGUACGGGAUCGUCUAACAACAGACCUCACAGAAAAACAGAGCAUGCUGAUGGAGGUGGUCGUCAGAGCAGAAGAUGCGAUUGUCAUCGAUGACCUAGACCUCGUCCGCAAGUACUACACACGACUCCGCAAUAUGGAUCGCAGCGUUCGACAAGCAUUUCUUCUUCGGGCGAACAAUCACGAGAGAUUCGUUGAAUCUCUGCGAAGACUACAUAAGAUCAUUGAACAAGCCGCCAAGUUACGAUGUGGUGAACCCAGCCGAAAGAUCGUCUCCGCCUGUCGAGAGGCAAUCUCGGACGACAAUAAGAGCAUUCUGGCGAAAUACUUGAAGUUUGGCGUUUGA